GUACUUGAAGUGACGACACCUCGUUGCUAGUCGCGCUAGCCUAAUCGCUCAGUGUGACUCUCGACAAGGCCGCAGUUAAACGCGUUACCGCUGUGUGAAAUUUCCUGGGACAGCUACAAUGUUCAGCACAGUUAGCCGUCAGCUGAAAAGCCACCCGGCUCUGAUCCCGCUCUUUAUCUUCAUCGGAGGCGGCUGUACGAUGUCUCUGUCUUACUUGGCUAGACUGGCUUUCCGUAACCCGGACGUAUGCUGGGACAAAGCGAACAACCCCGAACCCUGGAACAAACUGGGGCCCAAUGAUCAGUACAAGUUUUUCUCCGUGAACAUGGACUACAGCAAACUGAAGAAGGAUCGGCCAGACUUCUAAAUGCACCGAAUCUGGAGAAGCCUCCUGGCCGCACAAUGCUGGACCAUAGACUUGAGAAAAAUGAAAAAGAAGCGAUCUGUGCAUUUACCCCUCCAGCAUCCUCCAACCCAACUUGACAAAUGAGGCUAAUCCGUACAAUUUUGAAUCUAGUCAUUUGCCAAGACCUUUUUUUUUUUUUUUUUAAAUUACUUGACUAAAUUUUGCUUGUUUUUAUUUUCUCAUUCUUUGUGGUUGUCUACAGCAACACAAUAAAGGAGGCUUAUCUCCCUUGUACAGAGAA